AUGUAUAUUAUUUCUUCACAUCAUUCGGAUGAAAACAAAGUAAUAAGCAAACUUUUAGAACAAGACCUGUUUGCGCUUCAAGAACAGAAUAACCUCGUUGGAAACGAAAUGGUCACAAUAAAAUUGUAUUACGAGUCAUUAUGUCCCGACUGCAUACAAUUUAUCACAAAAGAUUUCAAGCCGGUGGUAGAAAAGUUAACCCAUUAUUUAAAUAUCCAGACAUAUCCGUAUGGAAAUGCAAGGACGUUUAAUCAUAACGGCCAUUACGUAUUUCAAUGCCAGCACGGUCCCGAAGAGUGCUAUGGCAACAAACUGCACGCGUGUGCUAUUUAUUCGCUGCGGAACAUGACUCGGGCUGUGCUCUUUAAUUCAUGCAUGAUGGAACCAAGGCAAGGAAGACACGGAUCCGAUGACGACGCUGCUGACGCGUGUGGUACCGCACAAAAUGUAGAUGUUUCUUUAAUAAAAGAAUGUGCAAAAGGAAAUACAGGCAAUCUACUUCUUAAAUACUACGGCGAUGAAAGCACAAAAGCUCAUUUUGAUGGCGUACCGUACAUCUUGCUCAACGGAAAGAGCAACGAUGGGGACAACUUCAUGAGAGAUGUUUGCGCGGCGUUUACUAACGUACCCCCUCCAUGUCGCGAGAUAUCUAUGGAAUAA